CCGAGUCAGCGGCUUCUACGUGGGGGCGCGGUUGAGGCCGGCGAUGCGCAGCCACGAGAUCAGCGGUGACCAUUUGAAAGUAUGUCCACAAGGUUACACGUGUUGUUCUCAAGAAAUGGAAGAGAAGUACAGUCAGCAGAGUAAACACGACUUCAGAAAUGCUGUUGUAGAAUUUAGCAAUCACUUACAGACAACGUUUAGUUCCCGUUACAAAAAGUUUGAUGAAUUCUUCAAAGAACUGCUUGAAAAUGCAGAGAAAUCCUUGAAUGACAUGUUUUUGCGGACAUAUGGUCGUUUAUACAUGCAGAACUCUGAACUUUUUAAGGAUCUCUUCAUAGAGCUGAAGCGCUACUAUGUGGGUGGAAACGUAAACCUGGAAGAGAUGCUCAAUGACUUCUGGGCGCGUCUCCUGGAACGUAUGUUUCGAUUAGUGAACCCACAGUACCAUUUCACCGACGAAUACCUCGAAUGCGUGAGCAAGUACACAGAGCAGUUGAAGCCAUUUGGAGACGUACCGCGGAAACUAAAACUACAAGUGACACGUGCAUUUGUGGCUGCCCGCACUUUUGCACAAGGCCUGGCAGUGGCAAGAGAUGUCGUUACCAAAGUGUCUGCGGUAAACCCAACACCUCAGGGUGAGCGAGCACUGCUGAAGAUGAUGUAUUGUCCAUAUUGUCGAGGCCUAGUUACUGUGAGGCCGUGUUACAACUACUGCUUUAAUGUCAUGAGAGGCUGUUUAGCCAAUCAAGGGGAUCUGGACACAGAGUGGAAUAACUUUAUAGAUUCUAUGUUGAUGGUGGCUGAGAGGCUAGAGGGUCCUUUUAACAUUGAGUCAGUCAUGGACCCAAUCGAUGUGAAAAUUUCGGAUGCAAUCAUGAACAUGCAGGAGAACAGCGUGCAAGUGUCUCAAAAGGUUUUCCAAGGAUGCGGACAACCUAAAACACUGACACAGGGCCGGGCCUCUCGCUCAGUCUCUGAAAGUGGCUUCAGUGCUCGCUUUAGACCCUACAACCCAGAGGAGCGGCCAACUACAGCUGCUGGCACGAGUUUGGAUAGACUGGUUACUGAUGUGAAGGAAAAACUGAAGCAAGCCAAAAAGUUUUGGUCAUCUCUCCCUGGCAAUAUCUGUAAUGAUGAGAAGAUGGCUGCCGGGCGUGUCAUUGAGGAUGAGUGUUGGAACGGAAGUGCCAAGAGCAGGUAUAUCUUUGCAGUGACCGGAAAUGGGUUAGCCAAUCAGGUGAAUAAUCCUGAGGUAGAAGUUGACAUUACAAAACCGGAUAUGGUGAUUCGUCAGCAAAUCAUGGCCCUUCGGGUGAUGACCAAUAAAAUGAAGAAUGCUUACAAUGGAAAUGAUGUUGACUUCCUUGAUAUAAGUGAUGAAAGCAGCGGGGAAGGAAGUGGAAGUGGCUGUGAAUUUCAGCAAUGUUCUCCCGAGUUUGAGUUCAAUGUAACCGAAGUUACUGGGAAAACUAACAAGAUUGAUAAAAACACAAACACUUCUGCUGCUGCCAGUAUUGGUCUGUCACAAGCAGCCUUGUUCUUCAGCAUCUUAUUCUUGGCCAUGCAAAGACAAUGGAGAUAACUGUGCGACUUAGGGGGGAAAAGACUUUAUCAUCAGAAUUAAAAGGCACCUGUUUUCACUUUUA